UGUGGAACUAUGAAGCUGCAGUGAAGUUUCCACCCGGCGCGCAUUUCCGGUGCACACAGCAGCCUGUCCCAGCUUAGGAAUGGAUGAAGACGGAGCGCAGGAGGUGGUGUCGGCGUUAGAAGGAAAACCUCUGGGGGUCUGGGGGCUGCUGCAGGUUGCAGGAUGCACAGGAUUGACUGCUUAUUCUGUGUGGGCAUUGGUGCUGAUGCCUGGCUUCCGGAAAGUGCCAUUAAAAUUACAGGUCCCUUACAUGCCAGCCAGUGGCAGGCAAGUGGAUAAUGUAAUGACGCUGCUGAAGGGACGGACAGGAAAAAUGGUGGACCUGGGCUCCGGUGACGGCAGAAUAGUGCUGGAGGCGGCCAGACGAGGCUUCAGUCCAGCGGUGGGGUACGAGCUGAACCCCUGGCUAGUGCGUCUGUCAUAUUUCUACGCCUGGAGGUCGGAUUAUCACCGCCGGGUGUCUUACCUGCGAGAGGACUUAUGGAAGGUGAGACUACAGGACUGCAAAAACAUCUCCAUAUUUCUGGCCCCAAGUGUGCUCACAUUGCUGGAGAAUAAGAUGCUGAAGGAGCUUCCUGAUGAUGCCCGUGUGGUGACAGGACGCUUUCCCUUACCGACAUGGGCACCCAGCACCAUCAUUGGAGAGGGCGCAGACAGAGCAUGGGCCUACGAUCUCAGGACUAUCCGACAAGCCACGACAGCCAAUCAACAUGGGACUGAGGUGUGACUGUGGAUAAGCCCAAAUGAUUUUAGCAGUUAACAACACCUCUGAGGUCAGGGCCACAAAAAUGACAUGACUUGGAUAAUUAGGGACAUGCUCGGGGGUGCGGCGAUAGUAUGGGUGUAUUUUAUCUGUGGUGGACAUAUUGGGGGAGAUUUACUAAAACUGGUGCACGUGGAAUCUGGAGCAGCUGUGCAUGGUAACCAAUCAGCUUCU